CCUUUCGUGGAGCUGCUAUGCAAAUGUGUGAAUCCAGUGAAACCGACGCGUCUCUUCUGUCAGAGGAAAACUCCAGGCAGCAGCAGAGUUUUGUCCCAACAAGUUGGAUCAGUUCUGCCGGUUUGUUGUGAGSAAAUGAGGAGCAUGUGUGCGGAAGAGUGGCUCAGAGGAGGCACCGGUGCUGUCUGAUGGCUGGACAUCACACCGCAGCAGGGCAGCUUCUAAACGCUUGUCCCGUGGACCCCAGACCUGAUGGAGGGGUCCGAGAGGAGCCGGAGAACCAGAACCUGUGGCCCAGAUCCCUGGCUCGAAAAUGGAUCCUCGUGCUGUUUCUGGGCACCUGCCUCCUCUACUGUGCCCGGAUGACCAUGCCAGUCUGUGCCGUUUCGAUGGCCGCCUCCUUCCACUGGAGUAAGAUUGAUGCCGGCCUCGUCCUGGGCGGAUUCUUCUGGGGCUACUGUUUCACUCAGGUCCUGGGAGGACAUGCCAGUGACAAACUGGGAGGAGAGCGUGUCCUGCUCAUCUCUGCAGCUUCAUGGGCUCUGAUCACAGCUGCUACUCCUCUCCUGGCUCAUCUGGGCUCCCACACCCUCGCUCUCAUGACGGUGGCCAGAAUCCUGAUGGGAGUCCUCCAGGGCGUCUUCUUCCCAUCGUUGGCCAGCCUGUGCUCACAGCGUGUCGUUGAAGCAGAGAGAGGCUUUCUAAUGAGCACCUUGACCAGCGGCAGCAACCUGGGAAUGCUGUUAGCCGGUGGAAUGGGCUCCCUGAUACUCGACAGGUACGGCUGGGAAAGCAUGUUCUACUGUACUGGACUCCUGUCUGGACUCUGGGCGCUCACAGUUUGGUACUUUUUUUUAAAAGGUGAAGUCGUUCACAAGCGGAGAGKAAAAAAGACCGAUUUAAAGCCAAGUUUGAAAAGAAGACACUGGCUGGACCUUUUUAAAAACCCUCCUGUUUGGGCCAUGGUGUUUGCUCACAUGUGCAUAUGCAGCACAUCCUACACUCUGUUGUCGUGGCUGCCAACGUACUUUAAAGAAUCAUUUCCUCAAGCCACGUCUUGGGUGUAUAAUGUUGUUCCAUGGCUAACUGCCAUCCCAUCAGCUCUUGCAGGAGGAGCCAUGUCAGAUUUCCUCAUUACCAGAGGAUACAGUAUAGCCUCUGUGAGGAAAAUAAUGCAAUUUUUUGCCAUGGGAUUAUCCAGUAUGUUUAUUAUUCCGCUGUCUGGAGCUGUCGAAUUCCCCUCUGCUGUAAUCUUCAUCUCUGCUGCUGUUGGUUUGUCCACUUUCACUAGUGGUGGUGUGUCUGUGAACGUACAAGAUCUGACUCCAUCCUGUGCAGGCGCUCUCUACGGUUUUAUGAACAUGAUGGGUGCUUUAAUGGGACUGGUUCUGGUUUCCUUUUCUGGCUACCUGAUCGAGGUCACCUUGUCGUGGGCCACCGUCUUCUCCCUCAUCACUUUAGUAAACGCCACUGGUCUCGGGAUCUUCCUCGUCUUUGGAGAUGCUCGACGUGUCGACCAGCCAGACAGUUGCCAAAUUAUAACUGUUUGACCUGGACUGGACUUAACUUUUAGUUCAUUUGUAAUUAGUCAAUAAAUUGCUAAAUUAUUAAAUAUA